GUCACUGCAGUGGCCAUAAUGGACACUUUUUUUCGCCGUCACUUUAAGAGGAAGGAUGCCGCUCUGCAGGAGGACGCGUCCAAAUCCUGCCGCCAGCGGAGGCCCAGCGUUGCCGUGCCCACCAGCAAAGCCCGCCGAAGGUCCACAGUCGGGAUGCCUUCCUCCGCUCUGGCCCAGCGGCGUCGCUCCAGCGUCCAGCCGCCGUCAGGGUCGCUGUGUGCUGGUGGGGGGCGUCUGGCAAAGACAGACUCCGGCAGCAGGUGGGCCGGGCACGCUCGCAGGCGCUCAAGCACUACCACGCCCAACCUCAACCCGAGGUUUGCCGUUCGCCGGAGAAAGGUGGGGAAGCUGCGGACGAUCGACACCCACCUGCUGGGGCCGUCCAUGCUGCUCGCCAGCCUGAUCCAGAUGGCUGAGGAAGACGAGGAGGAAGAGGGUGUGGGGGCGGGACCGCUGGCUGAAGAACAGCAGGUGGAGGUGAUCAGCGGCGUCAACAACAGGAGGAGAUUUUCACGAGCCAGCAGCCUCCUCUCAGAUGGCGACGACAACAGCAGCCGUUUCUCCACCACUGACGACAGCCAAUCAGAAACCAGCCAGCUGUCAGAGGCGGAGCAGUUGGCUGAGGAGGAGGAGAACACCUGCUCCCCUGAUCCCCACUUCUCCCGAGCCUCUAGCCCGUCCGUGUCCUCCACCGCCACACUGGAGUUGAUGAAAAAGACUCCCCCGCUGCCGUCGCCGUCCCGCCCGCUGAUCCGGGCGCCGCGCUGCCUCCGGAGGAAUUCCUCUCAGGUGUUUACGGUAGACUCCAUCCCCUACGGCUGCUGCCGCACCUCCAGCCAAAGGAAGAGGAGAAGGAUCUCCACCAUCUCCAAAGCUGGGAGCCCCUGGCCUGGGAGAGGCCCGCCGUUGCCCAGCCGCAAGACCUCGGUGUACUACCUCAACCACCCGGGCUUCUACCGGGGCGCCGGCGCACUGAGCCCGCUGGGGCCUCGGGGCCAUGACUCCUGCCUGGAGAGCUGGAGCGCCUUCCUGCUGACUCCGGCCAACGUGUCGACGUCCGGUGCGAGCGAGUCGCCGCAGGAGCCGAGCAGCACCGUCGACUGGAGCGAUAACGCCCAGUACGGCGACCACAUCUGGUUUGAGACCAGUGUCUCCGGAGACUUCUGCUAUGUUGGAGAGCAGUACUGCAUCGCCAAGUCUCUGGUGAGUCCGCCCACCGGAGCAAAGAUCGUCCAGUCCUUCAUGUGGUACCUGAACCCGCGGCAGGUGUUCGACCUGACGAAGGGCGGGCCCAAAGAAGGGCUGGAGCUGUACGCCAAAGUGCCCAACCUGCGGAUCCUGGCCUGCGGGGGGGACGGCACCGUGGGGUGGAUCCUGUCUGUUUUGGAUCAGCUGAAGCUCCGCCCUCAGCCUCCUGUGGCCAUCCUGCCACUGGGGACUGGCAACGACCUGGCAAGGACUCUGAACUGGGGAGGGGGCUACACCGACGAACCGAUAACGAAGAUCCUCUCGCACGUGGAGGACGGCAACAUCGUGCAGCUGGACCGAUGGAACCUGAACGUGGAGGCAAACCCAGAGGCGCGGCCCGAGGACCGGGACGAACACCAGACAGACAAGCUCCCCAUCGACGUCUUCAACAACUACUUCAGUCUGGGCUUCGACGCUCACGUCACGCUGGGCUUCCAUGAAUCCAGAGAGGCGAACCCCGAGAAGUUUAACAGCCGCUUCAGGAACAAGAUGUUCUACGCAGGGACCGCCUUCUCAGACUUCCUGAGCGGGAGCUCCAAAGACCUCGCCAAGCACAUCAGAGUGGUGUGUGACGGGACGGACCUCACAGCCAAAGUCCAGGACCUGAAGCUGCAGUGUCUGCUCUUCCUCAACAUCCCCAGGUACUGUGCUGGCACCACGCCGUGGGGGAACCCCAGCGAACAUCAGGACUUUGAGCCUCAGCGGCAUGACGACGGCUGUAUCGAGGUCAUCGGCUUCACCAUGACGUCUCUGGCCACCCUCCAGGUGGGCGGUCAUGGCGAACGCCUCCACCAGUGUAAGGAAGUGACCCUCACCACCUUUAAGUCCAUCCCCAUGCAGGUGGACGGCGAGCCCUGCAAGCUGGCGCCGUCCGUCAUUCACAUCAGUCUGAGGAACCAGGCCAACAUGGUCCAGAAGGCCAAGAGGAGGAUCUCCAUGCCCCAUCUCAACGACCAGCAGCCCGUUCCAGAGAAGCUGCAGAUCAGGGUGAACCGCAUCAGCAUGGCGGCGUACGAGGCGCUGCACUACGACAAAGAUCAGCUGAAGGAGGCGUCUCUGCCGCUGGGAGUCAUCACCGUCCCCGGAGACAGCGACCUGGAGACCUGCCGCCUGCACAUCGACCGUCUGCAGGACAACCUGGAGCAGGACGGCGAGGCGCUGAAAGGCGAGAGUCUGUCCUCGCACAAGCUCUCCAUGAAGUGGUGCUUCCUCGACUGCACGACGGCGGAUCGUUUCUACAGGAUCGACCGGGCUCAGGAGCACCUGAACUACGUGACGGAGAUCUCUCAGGAGGAGCUCUACAUCCUGGACCCGGAGCUGGUCUCCAAGGAGACGGUGGGCACCUCCCCCAGCAUGCCCGACCUGGUGGACUCGGAGGAGCAUCAAGACCAGCAGUUCGCCUUCCCCUGCUCGCCGCCCUCCCCCACCUCCCCUACCUCGUCACACAGAUCCCGAGAUCAGAGGAAGAGGAUCUCCAGCGACAGCUCCGUGGUCGAUGCUUUGACUCAGAGCUCCUCGAAGACCGCCCUCUGCAGGCGAGGAGCAAAGAUUAUCAAUGUGCAUCGCUCCAACACGGCCGCGGCUGAUUUCAGACCCGUCAUUAGACCUGCUGCUGCUACCUCACACGACCCUGAAAAAGAUGCAGAGCUGAUCAGCUGCAUCAAGAAGGAAAACCUGGAGCGGCUCCGAGAGCUCCACCAACAGGGGGCGGACCUCCUGCUGCAAGACGGAGACGGCUGCACGCUGCUGCAUCACGCCGUGGAGGCCGGCUGCAAAGACAUCGUCAAGUACCUCAUCGACAGCGGUGAGCGAAUCGUGGAGCGGUUUGUAUUAUGA